GAUCCCAAAUGUCCUUUAGGUUCUAUUUUUAGUUAUCGACCUAUCUCCUCUCCUGCCUACAUGAAAGUUUCAGGGCGCCGUGAUUGGUGGGUCGUCGGUGACGUCAGGGCAAGCCGGGGCCCAAUCACGGGGCUUCGGUCCGCGCAUGUCAAUACAGCCUUUUCAGGCAUUACCGGCCAGCCUUGCCAGUCCGGGCAAGGUGUUCCCAAGUGUGCCAAGCUCGCCCCGCCACAAGAACGAGGCACACGGCGCACUAUGGUCGAGCACUGAACCCGCAAACGAUACAUAUCAAAACAAACACUGAUCUAGUCUUUAAACAUUAGGUAUUUUAAACAUAAUUACUUAUACAUUUAAAACUGUAAUUUAAAAUCGUAAUCGGCCGCGCGUCGAACUCUGACUUCAAAUACAAACCUACAUAGCCCCAGCGGUCAAACGAACUGCCUGUCCAUACAGCACAUUUGAAUUUAGAACUCCAAGUUGAGUAUAAAGUUAGGAUUUGAAGGGUGAGGGGCAGUCGCCCCCAGGGGCUCGACCGUGGAGGCGGAGGGGGCCGCGCUGUUUGGGCGGCUGCAGGGCGCGCUGCGGGGGGGCGCCGCCGCCGCCUCGCCCUCGCGGGUCGCCAGCUCCAUCAAGGGCUACCUCACCAACAAGGUCGGCUCGCUGCAGCUCAGAGACUCAGGUUCCGAAGUCCAUUGAGGGUUGUGGAGGACGACCGGUAGAUGUAUGAGAGUCCACAGUGGAUUAGAAGAUGAUCAGAAGCUGCGAUAAGAAGUAAUAUCUUACUGGUAAAGAGAUAUAAAAGAAGUGAACAUGGCGGAGGGACCACAGACGAUAUGGCAGAGGAUCGACAAUUCCAUGAUUCCAAUCGUCAACUUGGAAGUGAGGGAAGUAAGGGAGAUAUUAUGGGAGAAAAUCAAAGAGCCGACCUCCCAGAGAAAAAUCAUCCUCGUUAUAGUAUCUAUAGCCUUGUUGCUAGACAACAUGUUGUAUAUGGUCAUAGUGCCAAUAAUCCCAGACUAUCUGAGAUACAUUGGCGCAUGGGGUGAGGCAGCUUACGACCACGUGGUUACUUUGCCGCCAAUCAAAGAAGGGAACAGAACAGUGAUACCGACGAAGAUCAUUCCUGGUUCUCAUGAGGGGCAAGAUUCGGCUACUGGAGUUCUAUUCGCAUCAAAAGCUAUAGUUCAGCUGAUGAUUAAUCCCUUUUCCGGUGCUUUAAUCGAUCGUAUCGGCUACGAUAUUCCCAUGAUGAUAGGACUUAUCAUUAUGUUUCUGUCGACAUCGAUCUUCGCUUGUGGUAGAAGCUAUAGCAUGUUGUUCUUUGCUAGGAGUCUUCAAGGAGUUGGAUCGGCCUUUGCUGAUACAUCAGGCUUAGCUAUGAUCGCUGACAGAUUUACCGAAGAAUCCGAGCGCUCUAAAGCACUAGGCAUAGCACUGGCAUUUAUUAGUUUUGGAAGCCUAGUCGCUCCACCAUUUGGCGGUGCUUUAUAUCAAUUUGCGGGCAAGGAAGUGCCAUUUCUUAUUUUGGCGUUGAUAUCCUUAAUGGAUGGAUUCAUGUUAUUACUCGUCAUGAAGCCAAUAAAGACUCAGAUCAAAGAGGCAAAUGAGCCAAAACCGGCUGGAACUCCUAUUUGGAAGCUCUUGAUUGAUCCGUACAUCGCAGUUUGCGCUGGAGCUUUAAUGAUGUCCAACGUAGCGCUUGCAUUCCUGGAGCCCACGAUAUCAUCUUGGAUGGAAGACAAUUUGACUAAAGAUAAUUGGAAAAUAGGCAUGAUAUGGCUACCGGCUUUCUUCCCUCAUGUCCUUGGUGUGAUUAUAACCGUCAAGAUGGCAAAAAAGUACCCUCAGCACCAAUGGUUGAUGGCCGCUGGUGGAUUGGCUCUGGAAGGCUUAUGUUGUUUCAUCAUACCUUUCGCGAGUUCGUAUAAGAUGUUGAUGAUUCCUAUUUGCGGUAUAUGCUUCGGGAUUGCCUUGAUCGACACAGCUUUGCUGCCAACUCUUGGAUACUUGGUCGAUGUUCGUUAUGUAUCUGUCUACGGAAGUAUUUAUGCCAUUGCUGACAUAUCAUACUCCUUCGCUUAUGCUGUAGGACCCAUCAUCGCUGGAGAGGUCGUCGAGGCUAUUGGAUUCACUGCUUUGAACCUGCUAAUUGCGUUCAGUAAUCUUCUUUAUGCACCAGUGCUGAUGUACCUUCGGCAUAUUUAUGACUUCAAGCCAUUUGAGAACGAAGCCAAUAUUUUGAUGGCUGAUCCACCAGAUAAAGAAUACCAGACUUACACCAUGCAAGACCAGAAGCCGAUUAAUGGAGACUAUAAAAAUCACUUGGAGUACAAUAGUAGUACCGGUCAAGCUACUCAGGAAUCAAAUGUGGAUGCUGGGAAUUAUUCUUACGACCAGACUUAUCAAGGAGGAAGUUAUAGCCAAGGCUAUGAACAGCAAGGAUACCAUCAAGAAUAUCAGCAAGCGGAGUACAACCAACCGAGGCAGUUACCGGCUCAGCCUCAGACGGUCAGUAACCCUUUCAGGGCAGGGGCGUCUACUGCACCCGUCGCAGCUCCCGCCCCCACCCCGCCGGGACCCACCAUCAAAAAUCCUUUCCGCCAAGGAUUUUAAUCUCCUAAUUCAGUGUUGUUGCAGAUAUUUUUGAAAUUUAAUUGUUGUGUAAUUGUAACUAAUCUAUAUUUGAGUAUAUGUAUCUAUAGUCUUAUCUUCGAUCACUGAGUCGCUAUACGACCGCGGCGUUUGGUGUCUCCAUAGCUGUGCUUGUAAUUACUAUGUAGGGUACAUGUUGCAUUCACAAUGACAUUUCAAAUAAAGUCGAACCUCAUUCACUUUGAAAGAUUGAUGAGGCUCUAUUGGACUCUUGGCCCAGCGGUAUCGUAUCUAUCUCAUAUUUAUGGGGUCUCUGAGCUCUAGGAAUAAGCAUUAUGCUAACAUUCUUUGGUAACAGGUGCCCAUGGUUUUUUGCACGAGUUGCUGCAAAAAUAUGACACUGUUAAUAUCAUGGGUGACGGUUUCUACAUUCAAAGCGUUGGCUCCACCGCCUGCGUAGUGUCAACGGAAUGAUCAGCAACUAAGAUGUCAUUUUGAAUGUGACCGAAAUUUUACUGUUGAUAUUUUAUAUUGUUCUACUAUAUAUGUAUAUGUUAUGCCUUCUAGAUAUAAGACAUAUAUUCGUGUAAAUUUUAAGUGCAUUUUUAGACCUGAAUAUAAGCUAAGUGCACUGAAAUUUUAGGUAAGGACCUAAAGACCUUAUGUAAACGACAAUUGGUAAAGAAUGGGUCAUGCAGUCAGCGAUAUUUCAUAAUUCGUUCGAUCGAAACCAUCUCUUGAGCUUCAAAGGAAUGUCGUGGCAUAACGCAGUUUGAAAGAAGCUAAUACUUUGUAAAUAUUGUGUAAUUUGUGAUCAAUUAUAUUCACUAUCAAUAUAUUUUUAGAUGUUGUAUCGUGAUGGGAUACGGUUUUGUUGCAAGAGUGUAUAAGUUGUGAAUUUUAUUAAAUGAUAUUGCAGUUACGACGUGUACACAUGAACUAAGGUUCACGUAUGAGUAUUGGAAACGAAGGAAAUAAUCUAUUAUCAUGUGUCUAGUAAUCUAUCAUCACAUAUAGUUGUAUGGUGGUUGGUUUCUCUAUAAAUAUGAAGCGCAAAUAUGAGGAACCAGUCAAACAAGGCCUUGACGUUUCUAGUUGCAUUAAAAAUAUUACAGUUUCCUUAAGUUAAUGUCGAGAAUAUUUAAAAAUAUAUCUUAUCCGCUGCAUGUAAUUUGCAUCAUCUGCGCGCUUGCUUCAAAACUGUAUCCUUAAAAUCAGCAAUACUAGAUUAAUAACGCUAAUAUCAAUUUAAAAUAUCAAUUAAUUGUUUUAAAUUAGUUUUUAAUCAACUUGUGAUAAGUUGCAACCGAGGUAACGAUACAUAUCAGAAUCUUUUGAUUCAACUUAAUUAUAGGAAUAUACAUAAUACUUUGUUAGAUAUUAUGAUUAAGUGUAAUAUGUAGUUGUGAAUAAAAUAAGUACAUAUCGGGAUGGUGAAAGCAUUGCGGGACAAAUUCGGAUAAACAUCAUUUGAGAAUAGUCAUUUCAGAGAAGCAUCAUCUAAAAUACUAAAUCGUCUUUUUCGAGUAUCAAAGUACUUAAAGAUAAACAUUAGAUAUAUUGUGACGUCAUAUUACGUUUUGAUAGGGCACGUGCUAAGACGCAUUGAGCGAUAGUUUAUUUGCCAAGAUACGAAUAGUAGAUGCUAUAGACAGUAAAUCAAAUUUGUAUAGAGUUGGACCAGUUUCCCUUCGUUUGCCGCUAGGGGCGCUGUUCCAACUCCAUACAAAUUUGAGUUAACUUUUACGCGAUCGAGAAGUUAAAAAACUCGCAAUAAGUAUACUAGUGCAUAUUUACAGUUUCAAAUCGAACAACUAGUUAAUUGUGUUUGAAAAGGUAAUGGGAAUGUACAAUUAGGGUGCAGCUGUCAUUGACUCAAGAAUUAUUCGAUAAAUAUCACAAAAAAAUGCAUUGGCCUUGUAUUGCAAUGUUCGCAUGGCUGGCUGGACAAAAUCAAUGGGAGUUGGUUUAAAACUGAUGAAAGAAAGAAGGUAGCUGAUCCAUUGUAAAUACACCCUAAGGUAUUGGUGUAAUUGUGAUACAAAUAUUUCAUUAAACUGUUUGGUCGAUGUGAGAAUUGCAAAUAUGCCAGUUGCGUCUUAAGAGCUAUAAAACAUAAUGUGAUAACUAUAUAAAAAAGUAUGUGGGGCUUAAAGUAGAGUUCCAACGCAAAGAAUCGCCAUCCCAGGGUUGUAAUUAUAGGAAUAUUAAUGAGUGUGGUAAUUAGCUGUUGUGUGUUUAGAUGUUUGGUCGUUUUAAUGGGUCGUACCUUUUGAAAGCUAACUUCAUUAUUGACUCUACUAAAUGUAAAGCUUGCAGUAGAAUAUGCUGUGUUAUUUUUAUGAGUGGAUCCCGUCAUCUCGUUUUUACCAGUCGCACCACCCGCUACUGGAUUAGAGUUCAUCCGUACUACCUGGAACCACUGCGAUCAUUCAUAGUGCAUUUCCAGAGGUCUUUUUUGCCACGUACCAUACGGCUUUGGAAUGAGCUCCCCUCUACAGUGUUUUAAAGGAGGCUUGUGGAGAUUACGUAAUUGCAGCCUGCAGCAUGGUUCUGCCUCUAGCAUAGCUGACGUCCAUGAGCGACGGCAACCACUCACCAUCAGGUGGGCCGUUUGCUUGUCUGUGGCAAUAAAAAAAAUAGUAUUUCUAACCACAAAAUACCAUCACAUCUUAAUACUCUCAAAAUUUAUUUAAGAAAGUAAUGUAGCCAAAGCUACCUCAAUAUUUAUAUUUGUUUUCAAUAUAUACUCAUAGAUAAAAGCGGACAUUCCUAGAAGCGACCAAACACAUUUAUUUUGCAUAUAUCAGAAUAGCAGUUAAUGAAAUAUUCUUAUAAAACUAUAUAAUUAUUAUUGUACAAGACGAACCCAACAUGUCAAUUGAGAGUGUAUAGUAAAAAAAAAAGCAUUAAUUGUAUAAACAUAUUAAAAUUAUUGUACUUUUAAGACUAUAUUUAAUUUUGAGAUGCGUAAUAUUUCUUGCAUUUAUAAACUUUCAAAGCGAAUUCUGGGAUAUUUUUCAAGCGAAAAUGUUGACAAUUUGGAUCGGGAACCGAUUCCUGUGCAGACAGAGGAAUUAAUUAAAGUUUUAUUAAAAUAAUUUGUGUAUUGCAAAUAAAAGCAGUGGUGUACACUUAUCGAAGAAAACAAUAGUAUAUUUAAUAUUAUUAAAAAAGAAAAUUGAAUUUCCUCUCGAUUGCACCUACCUUUCAUUAAAAGAGGCACUGGAAGAGACUAUAAUUGAGCGUGAACUCAUUCUAAAUCAGAGACUUGAAUUCCAAUAUACUUUUGAGUUAUGUUACUCAAAUAUUCCCCAAUACUCGGAGCUGAGAGAACGAUUGAGAUCUCACUUGAUACUCGAAAUAUAUUCGCUUUGAAAAUAUCACUGAUUUAAAAUUAAUGGUCUCAACAUUAAAUAAUACUAUUGCAUGUAAUGGAAUGUUAAAAUUAUGUAAUUUGAUAUUAUUGUAAAGGUUAUUCGCCGUUUGGCGUGUGACUAGCAGAUAGCCUGCGGAGUACAAUAGAUCAAUAGAUACUGUAGGAUGAAAAGCACAAAUGUUUAUAAUUUCGCACAAAUCGUCUAAUGUUAAUGUCGGUAGAGGUUCUUUAUUAACUCAUAUCGCUAGCCUGAAGUGUAGUCCGGUCGUAAUAUGAAUUUUAUUAUAAGAUAAAAAACCUCUUUGCUUCGUCCGUUAUGUUCUAAAAUAGUUCCGAAAACUAUUUCUCAAAAUCUACAAGGAUGUCUAAUCCAUUAUUUUCAUUAUUAAGCACAGAAGAACAGUUAUAUCUACCGCGACCUUUACAUCCGUCAGUCCGAAGGGUGGGUGGGAUAAUCGUAUUUUUGUUGAGGCUUCCAUCUUACGCCACGCGGCGACCUUCGUUAAAUUAAUAUGGUGAGUUUGAUCUAAUUCAAUAGAAGCAUCCUUGAAGAUAUCAAUGUUCUAGAAUGACCUGAUAUUUUCUAUUUUAUUUGUUCAGUUUCUAAGGAUUUCUCUCACUAUAACAGCAUCGAAUCCAAAGUGCAUUUCCACAUAUCAUUUCGGCCGUAUACCGCUAGACUCAUGAGCGAACUUCACUUCUCCGCUUCGAGAGCACAAAUUAAUUCUUUAAGCAUUAUCUGAUUUUUUGUCAUGAUCAGUCCUCCUCCUUGCGUCGAUAAUCCUCAGUGCUGAGGGUCGUGGCCUCCUCUAAUAACUUUCUCCUACAUUAUCUUGCGCCAUUCCUGCCUGUCCUC